UCUUCCGGCCCGAGGUCUUCUUCGACCCAACCAGCAGGCCCUGGACCCAACCAAACCCAAAUCACCACGAACACGAACACGAACACGAACACGGAGACGGAGGGAGCAACGAUCGUCGCCGGCAACCGGGAGGGAUGAAUUCUCAGUCUUCCCCCGUGGUUCUGCUUCACCUCCGCCGGUUGGAUCGCUUCUUCAAGCGCCAGGGCCUCCACAGCAUCGCCCAUACGCUCGAGAAGGAGUCCAUGGUGUACUUCGACACCGCGCAUCUGCAGAAGCUGGUGAAGGAUGGGCGGUGGGAAGCCGCCGGAACUUACCUGAAAGGAUUCUCGCCUCUCUGGGAGGGGAAGGGCGCAACCCAGCACUACACCUCCUUCUUGCACAACAUGCAGCACCACGCUAUGCUUGCUUUCCUCGCCUGCCGCGGUGAGGAAGGUGGCCGCGGCGCCAGCUCGCUUUUCUGCUCCAGUGAUGAUGCCUUCCGCAAAAAGUUCCCCGAGAUUGCCGAGCGCAACGACCUGUAUCGCUCCAUGGCCUCGGCACAAGCCAGGGCAUCCGUGAACUGGGAGGACAUAAAGCUCAGAACCUUGGAGGAACUGCAGGAGUUGCUUCAUCUUCAUCCUACCGUCAAAUGCAGCUUACGAAUGCGAAAGCUGCAAUGCACACCCACGGCAUCAGAAAUAACCCCCCUUGGUUUGCGGGGGUCUUGGAGGCAUCGAAGGAAGAGAGUGGAGCGCAAACCAGCAUAUGAACUAGCACGUUCCCUUCUACAGAAGAAGAAGAGGCUUCCCUCCAGUCGGCAGACAGAUCAGCCCGGUGACUCAGGUGUUCCAAGUGCUCCAAUUUUGGAAGCUAUGCUGCCUACAUCAGAAAGACCAACUAAAAUUAUUUCGACAACUCCAAAUAUUAACACAGGUAUGAAGCAUUCAAGACCUUAUGGUGCUCAUUUUCCAUAAAAUUUGGAGCAAGUUUUUGAUUCACAAAAGGGUGCAAAGAGGCUACAGACAACUGGAGAGUUUGCUGAAGUAAGCCGUAUCUGAUAGCUGCAUGUGUAAUUUUGAAAACCUCGAAUGGAUAGGGAUACAAGAUGCAUUCAUCUUCUAUCUGUAGUUCUAUGGUUUCCACACUUAAUAUUUUUACUGGUCGGAAACCUGCUUUUUUUUCUUAAUCAAUUAGUGUGUUCAUCGUAGAAUUAUACAAGAGUUCUAAUUUGGACUUGCCAGCAGGCACCAUCAUCUGUAAUUGAAACUUUCGAUAAUAGUAGGAAUAUAGGAUACUGAUAUAUGAUUUCUGGUCUUGUACAGGAAGCAAAGUUGGAUGUUUUGGUCCUCUGUUCACUCGAAAUGAGAAAGCCCUUUUUGUUACCAUCAAAGAUACUAUAUAUGGACUUUCUAGAAUACACUCCUAUUCUCUUUGGCUUCCAUAAAUCACAGAAGAAGCUGUCCCAUUAAAACUAAUCCUUUCUCAGCAACCUAACAGGGGUAUUAAGUGGUAUUCUACCUUGAAUACCCUGUUUCUUCUAUACAUCAGAGAAAAAGUAGAAGAAACAGGGUAUUCUAGGUAGAAUAUGUGGGUCGACUAGUAGCUAAAACCGGGCCUGCUUGCUUUUUUCUUGUCUACACUCAUAUGAUCUUGUUGAAUUGUAAGUUUGUAACAGAAAUACAAUUCGUUUAGUGUUUGAAUUGAAAGUUAAUUCUCAGUAGUA